AUGAGUGCUGGUUCUGUGAAAGCUCCAGCAGGAUCGCAGCCCACGUUGUACCACGUCGGUCAGGCUAGGUCUUUGAUCGAGAACCUAAAAAAGAAGGGUCAGGUCGCAUUUGAGCGUCUUGAAGAUGCAGCCAACGGCGUCGCCCUUUGUCAGCUCUGCCACGCCCAAUUUGACAAUUUCUAUUGUCCCGGCAUUACCUUCUUCCCUACAGAAAUCGCAUACUUCACUCAGUUCGAGGACAUCGACUUCAGGCUGCGGAAGGAAAUGAUAGAGAUGAAUAAAGAGUGGGCCCCACGCAAGACUCCCAGUGCGGACGAUUACAGAAAGCAUCAAGUGAAGAGCAAGGCUAUCACCUCGUCCCAUCCAGGCGGGCUCUACAGACAAUUCUUCUUCGAGGACUACUUUCCGAAUAUUCCUUCAAGAGAGAGGAUUCCACCUGGCUUUGUCAAAGAUUCUAAGUCUUGGCACGGCUGUCCUGGAGCUGCGUUCGCGAGAACUUUCGAGACCCUGGCCUCUCGCGCGGAGAUCUGGCCACCCGACGUUCGCGCAGAGCUUUCCGAUUUAGUUACACUCUACGCCGAUCAUGAACGAGAACUGCGGGAACUCGAAUCCAAACUCAACAUCACUUCGACUCCAAAACGGCGGCCCCAUCCCCUUCGUCGCCCUUCCUCCGCUUCAAACGACGGCAGUUCAGAAACCAGCCACAAAGCCCUUCCUGAUGGCCCACAGCGUCAAGCAGGCCCUGCGAGUAAGGAGAGAGCAGGCCGGGGUGCGCAAGGCACAGGGCAAGGAGAGAAAGGGGACAAACAACAACGAACGAAACGAGCCGCCAUCUGGGGCUCAGAAGAAGAGGAGGAGGAGAUGCUCUCCAAAUAUGAAGACCUCGACUCAGAAAGCCAGGCUCAGAUCGACUCCGAAAGCCACUGGGCCAUGCGCCGCAGCAAAAGAGCUCGAAAGGGCUUGGAUUGGAAAUGGGGGCCCGAUACGCCGGCGGAGUGGAGGGUGCAAUGGUACCGCAAGGUGCAGGAUAUCUCCCGGCCAGAUGUACCUAGGCUGGAGCAUGCAUGUACGGAGCAGAAGGGGGGGCGGAUUCUUACGCCUUUGGAAGAACUGGGGCGGCUGGAGAAAGGGGAAGUGGGGAUUGCGCGGAUUUCGCCUCCGCCGAGCACUACCUGA